AUGGGAGGAGACAGCCCUGCGCAGCCAAGCCCAACGCCACGCACUAAACUGGCAUGUCGACAAUGUCAAAAGCGGAAGAUCAAGUGUGAUCGAGCACUGCCCUGCAACCAUUGUCGUCAGUCUGGCCUUUCAUGCUCCCAGGGCAUCCGCAAACGUCGCUCCACGGUGGAGAGCCAUGCCCUAGAGCACCGCAAUACCGAGCUUCGCGAUCGGCUCGACCGUCUGGAAUCGAUGGUCGUGAAUAUGCAGGGUCAACCUGCGAACGGGUCCAUCAUAGAGGAGAUCAGGCCGAAGAACGUCAGGUCCCCGGGAGUCCAAGUCGCAGCUGCUAACCGCUAUGUGGCCAGCGGGUUCUGGACUUCCCUGGCAGGUGAGGUGCAGGCGCUAAGGGAGGUUCUGGAAGAAGACGAGCACGAUAGCAGCGAGGAAACUUCCGAAAUGACUUCGCCCUCGUCUGGUGUCCUGUCUUCCGUGGCCCAUACGCCGGGACAGCCACCCGGCUCGUUCGACUUCAUCAUGUGUCAUCCGGGACGCAUCUACGAAGUCCCUGGGGCGCUUCCCGAGCUGCAUGCCGAGAUGCAGACGGUGCUGUUUGACGUUUAUGUGAACUACAUUGACGCAUGCUGGAAGGUUUUCCACGUGCCAACUGUGAGCGCGUUCGUCCAGGAAGGCAGGCCUUACCUGGACCAUGACGCGGCAGCUCCGUGCAAUCGGGCCCUGAAGGCUGCUAUACACUUUGGCGGCAUCUCUCAGAUGACCGACAAAGACUGCCAAGCUAAGUUUGGACAGCCACGUGCAGAUCUAGUGAAUUACUUUCGCCGCAUCGCAGAGGCUGCGUUGGUGCAAGCUGAUCUACUCAACACGAAGUCGCUAGCGGCGCUGCAGGCCUUUGACGUAUAUGUGACAACCACACGCAAACACGAUGCAAGCCAUCGAAGUUGGGCCCUCUUCGGACUUUUGGUCCGACUCGCCCAAGCGCUCAAUGUCGACAGGGAGUCACCAUAUGAGAGUUUCUUCAUGCAGCAGCUUCGUCGACGGUUGUGGCAUCACAUUCUCGUGCUGGACUCAUUCUUCGCUUUCGACAGGGGCUCCGAGAUCACCAUUCGACCUGGCUCGUGGCAGAGGCCUCUCCCAGUGAACCUCAACGAUGAAGACCUUGUGGAAUAUUCAACGGCAUCAACCGUCGAGAUCGGCCGCAGACAACCGACCAACAUGAACUUCGCCCUCGUUAUCGAAGAGCUCUACAUCAUCGGAGAUCGUUUCGAAGUGCUCCACCCAUCAGUCGAACCGGAUACCUGGCAACGUCGCCUCGAGCUGACGAAAAUGCACAACGAAAACGUCCAGGAGAAGUAUACUCAACACUGCGAUCCCAAGAUUCCUCUCCAGCGCUUGACCAUGAAAAUUAGCCGGAUCAUCCAAUCCCUCAACCUGCUGAAUUGUGUGCGGUCCUUUCAGCGACCAUUCCCCAGCCAAGGCGCUCCCGCAGAUGCACCGUGGGUUUUGGAGCUUGCGGUGGAUGUCUUGCGGAAGACCGAGGACCUCUGGAGCGAUUCUGAGCUGGAUAAGUGGAGCCGUCUCCCCUGGGUUCAAUGGCAUCCUCUAGCCGUUGCUCUUGCGGGAUUAUGCGCAAUACGCAAGACCCCACUCGCCGAGGAAUCCUGGACAGUCGUGGACCGCUUCAUGGAACGCUCCGCAGCCAUUCUAUGCGUGAUCUCGACACGCAACCCGAGAUCUUGA